CCGGGGCGAGCUGCCAGGCCGUAGGCAGGCCCGCCUGCUCGAGGCGGCGGGAGACCAUGGCCGAGGCGGCGCCCGCUCCGGCCCUUGAGCAGGAAGUACAGUCUGGAUCCCUUCAAGCUUUGCUAACUUCCCCAGCGCUGCAGGUGUCUCCUGAGAAGGACUCGUGCCUGCACUCUCCAGAGAUCAACCCAUGGACUGUGGUGGCUGCCAUUCAAGCUGUGGAAAAGAAGGUGGAUUUGUGCCUGGCCCGAUUAUUCACCUUAGAGGGCCGGACAGUGACUGCAGAGAAGAAGCUGGCAGACUGUGAGAGGGUUGCAGUAGAGAUUGAAAACCAGCUGGAGGGUAAAUGGGCCUUGCUGGGCACCUUGCUCCAGGAGUAUGGGCUGCUCCAGAGGAGGCUGGAGAACAUGGAGAACCUGCUCAGAAACAGGAACUUCUGGAUCCUGCGGCUUCCCCCAGGCAGCAAGGGCGAGGUCCCCAAGGUGCCCCUGACAUUUGAUGAUGUGGCCGUGUAUUUUUCGGAGCAAGAAUGGGGGAAGCUGGAGGAGUGGCAGAAGGAGCUUUACAAGCACGUGAUGAGGGGCAACUAUGAGAUGCUGGUCUCCCUCGACUAUGCUGUUUCCAAGCCUGAUAUUCUCUCUCAGAUUGAGCGAGGAGAAAAACCAUGCCUGAAGGACCAGUGGGGCUCCCAUGAUUUAGUGCUGUGUCCUGGAGAACUAAGUACUAAGUUACCUCCUCCAGAGUAUAGUCUCAAGCAACUUGGACCUGCCCAAGGAGAAUCAGAGGAAGAACCAGUUCUUACAGAUCAUGGAGGAUCAGAAGCUCAAGGAAGGCUAACCAGACCAAGCCUCACUGAACUUCCUCCAGCUGGUGUCAAUAUUUUGUCCUCGAUAAAACAAGAGGAAGAACCACCAGAUGGGGAAGAAGCGUCAGCCUUCCCACAGAGGGAAAUGAAGCCUUGCCUGGGACUAGGUAAUGGACUUGUGAGCACCAAAACAGAGAGUCAAGUGGCCGAGGCACUUCCACGGCAGCUGGUCUCGGAAGUGGGCUCCAGCUUGGCAGAGUGCAGAACUCCUGACGGCGGCAGAGAAGACGUGGCUGAGCCCCGCGAGCAUUCCUCCCCUGCUCUGCCAAGGAGUCGAGUAAGGGAGAAGCCCUCCCCCCCUGCUGCUAGUGAGCCGCCUCGUGUCCUCCCACGCCGGAGAGAGCGGGCCUUCCCCUGUCCAGACUGUGGCCAGAGCUUCAGGCUGAAGAUCAAUCUGACCAUUCACCAGCGUAGCCAUGUGGAGGACGAUGACUGGCCAUCCCAGGGCAGCUGGCCGGACACGUGGGGAGGGGCUCCUGCCCCCCUGGAGCCAGGCGAGGUGGUGGUGCCCGGCCCCAUCAUCCAGUGGCUGCCCGACGAGCCAGAGAGCCCCCAGGCCCUGGCAGGGAGGCCGUGCCAGGAGCAGCGCCCGUCAUCCGGCCGCCCAUCCAGGCUGUACCACUGUAGUGAGUGCCUGCGCCUGUUUGAGCAGCGGAAAAGCCUCCUGCUGCACCAGCGCCUGCACACAGGCAACAGCCAGGGUUGCCCUACCUGCGCCUACUGUGGCAAGGCCUUCCGGCGACCCUCAGACCUGUUCCGGCAUCAGCGCAUCCAUACUGGGGAACGGCCCUACCAGUGCUCCGAGUGUGGUCGGACAUUCAAUCGCAACCACCACCUGGCUGUUCACAUGCAAACCCACUCCCGGAAGCAUCAGGACAGCCCACACUGUGCCAAAAAGGGAAGCCUGGCCUUGGCUCGGCCCAGCCGUGCUGAGGAAGGCUGAGCCCAGAGUCUGGGGGGGUGGGGUGAGCCCCCCCAUUCCAGUCGGGCCUCCUGCAGCCUCUAGCGGCCGGAGCCUGCUCUCUGCGAGGUUCUGCUCAGCACAGAGCAGAGCAAAGAUAACACAUUGGGUGGAGGACACACAACUGGAGUCCUGAGGGGGAUCAGAGAUGGGCUGGGGGGGGCCUGAUCCCAGGGAACAUCUGGGGCCUGCGUGGGCUGCUGGCUUCUGGCCCGAGCCCCGCUCUGAGCUGGGCCACUCCUCGCUCCCCUGCCUCGGCCUUCUCCCCCUGGAGUUGGGAUGGGGCCGGGCUCCAUGUAGUGUACUCCCGCCCCUGCAGGGACGGGCAUUUGGGUUUAUAGUUGCCCUGAGGAGAAUCACUGACAUGGUUUUUCCUGCUCUGUUACUUUGAUAUGUUUGUCCUGAAUUUCUUUUUCCAAUGGAGUUUUUUUUAUUGCUUGCA